AUGUCGCACUUCCUGAAAUUACCCCUAGAGUUGCGAAAUAUAAUCUACAGGCAUUGUCUUGUCAUGGAAGACGACAACGACGACGACGACGGGAUCAUCCCUUACCUCAGAUCAUACGAAGAGGAAGAUGGCUUGGAAUCUUGGAAUGGCUUCCGAGCUCCCAUCCCGGGAAUUGGGCUUCUCACUGUCAACAAAGAAAUUUCCAGCGAAGCGAAAAUCAUAUUCUACGGGGAAAACCGAUGGAGACUUCAUUGUUGGGGUCGCUAUCCAGGUCACAUAUCUGAUAAAGACCAACUUCGUGUGAAAAACAAACACCUCUUUCGACACGUCCAGAUCACACUAGAUGCCAGAGAUCUCCAUCGCCGCGACAGCGUGGUACUCAUCAAUGGCAAAUUUGAGGAGAACCGAGACCCAAACGGCGAGCUACAAGCCCGUCAUGCGGAUAAUAGGCGUCAUCAUCUGCGCAACUGGGGAUUGACGCUUCGCAUACUUGAUGGGAUGAAUUUGAUAUCUUUGGACAUUGAAAUUGGCUAUAUGUUCUGCUCAAUUGGAUGCUGUCGCUUCGGAGCUCUAUCCUUGCCACAAAAUACAGAGAGUGUAGCGGGCUACGCAAGCCAGUUGAUCGAGAAUGAAAGCACCGAGGAUCGAAAGCUUUCCCGGUUGUUGUACAGUGCAAUGGGGCUUAAUGAACCAUUGCCAAGCUUCACCACUAAACGAUGUCGACUGUCUGAUAUGUUUACAAGCGCUGAGUACGAGAGAGCACAUUUACACGGAUUCGGAUGCGAAUUUUGUCCGUUAAACCAGGAGAAGUAUAACACAAGCGCAUGCACAUGGAAGGCCGAGUUGGAGAAUGAAACCUUUUCAAGUGAUGAUGGCAGGCUUUCAGAUACAUCUGAGUUUCAAGAUUACUAUGAUGCUUAG